AGUAUGUUUUCUCCGACCGCCCCAAAGCACUCCCCACCGUCAAAAUAACCACCAGCAACCAACAUAACAUCAGUUUUGCUUCAUACGGUCCUACAUGGCGUACCCUCCGUCGUAACCUCGCUUCAGAGAUGCUUCAUCCUUCCAAAAUCAAAUCUUUCUCUGAAAUUCGCAACUGGGUCUUGGAAACUCUCAUCAACCGUCUCAAACCCGCUUCGGAAUCUGAACAUUCUGUUACGGUUGUUUUUCACUUUCAUUAUGCAAUGUUCUGUUUACUACUGGUUUUCAUGUGUUUUGGUGAAAGAGUUAAAGAUGAGAUACUCAGUGACAUCUUGCGUGUACAACGGAAUCGUUUGUUGAGUAUUAGCAGAUUCAAUAUUUUGAAUUUCUGGCCUAGAGUUACCAGGAUUUUCUUGCGGAAACGAUGGGAGGAGUUUUUAAAAUUGCGUAAGGAUCAAGAAGAUGUUCUGCUUCCGUUGAUAAGAGCGAGGAAGCAAGUUCAGGAGAGUGGAUUGAACAAUGUUAAAAGUGUUGUUUCGUAUGUGGAUACUCUUUUGGAGUUGGAGUUGCCUGAGGAGAAACGUAAGCUGAGUGAAGACGAAAUGGUUACUCUUUGUUCCGAGUUUUUGAAUGCAGGGGCGGAUACUACUUCCACUGCUUUGCAGUGGAUUAUGGUGAAUUUGGUGAAGUACCCGGACGUGCAGAGGAGGAUUGUGGAGGAGAUUAGGGAUGUGAUGGGCGAGGAUAGUAAUGGAGAGAAGAAGGAAGUGAAAGAGGAGGACUUGCAUAAGUUUCCGUAUCUGAAAUGUGUGAUUUUGGAAGGGUUGAGGCGUCAUCCACCGGGGCAUUUUGUGUUGCCACACGCGGUGACCGAGGAUGUUGUUUUGAAUGGUUAUUUGGCGCCUAAAAAUGGGACAGUGAAUUUCAUGGUGGCUCAGAUGGGGUGGGAUCCUCAUGUUUGGGGGGAGGAUCCAAUGGAGUUUAAGCCAGAGAGGUUUUUGAAUGAUGAAACGUUUGAUAUUACGGGCACUAAAGAGAUAAAGAUGAUGCCGUUUGGAGCUGGGAGGAGAAUUUGUCCCGGAUAUAAUUUAGCUUUGCUUCAUUUGGAAUAUUUUGUGGCUAAUUUGGUUUGGAAUUUUGACUGGAAGGUUCCAGAUGGUGGGCAUGUGGAUUUGUCGGAAAAACAAGAAUUCACUAUGGUCAUGAAAAAUCCAUUGCAGGUUCAUAUUUGUCCUAGGAUCUAGAUUAUGUGGGUUGAGGCAUCAUCCACCGGGUCAUUUUGUAUUGCCACAUGCGGUGACUGAGAAUGUUGUUUUGAAUGGUUAUUUGGUGCCUAAAAAUGGGACAGUGAAUUUUAUGGUGGCUGAGAUGGGGUGGGAUCCUCAUGUUUGGAAGGAUCCAAUGGAGUGUAAGCCAGAAAGAUUUUUGAAGGAUAAAACAUUUGAUAUCACAGGGAAUAAAGAGAUAAUGAUGAUGCCGUUUGGAGCUGGGAGGAGAAUUUGUCCGGGAUAUAAUUUACCUUUGCUUCAUUUAGAAUAUUUUGUGGCUAAUUUGGUUUGGAAUUUUGAUUGGAAGGUUCCAGCGGGUGGACACGUCGAUUUGUCGGAAAAACAAGACUUAACCAUGAUCAUGAAAAAUCCAUUGCAGGUUCA